AUGGAUGCUAUCGAAGAGUCAGACGAGCAACAGCCGUUGCUGGCGAGCCGAUCGAAUCAGAUAGCCCCGGCAAUUCAAGUCGAUAGCAAAGCGGAAACUACAGAUAUGGACAAGGAUAUUGAGAUCAGAAAAGAACCCGCGGGCCUCAUUGCCACCGCGUCUAUUGACGACAUAAACGCUGAGGCACGAGCAGCUACAGAUCAAGAACAUGGGCAUUCCUUCUGGGAGGCAGCCAGGCUGUAUCCUGCAGCUGUAGGAUGGUCUCUCUUCUUUUCGCUGGGCGUCAUCAUGUGUGCCUUUGAUCCUCAACUGCUGGGCCAGCUCUAUGCGACUCCGGCGUUUCAGCGUGACUUCGGUUAUCUCUACGAUGGAAGCUACAUUGUCUCAGCUCCCUGGCAGACCGGCCUGAGUAUGGGCUCACCCAUUGGGCAAGUAGUAGGAGCCUUCUUUGCGGCCUAUCCAAUGGAGGCCUUCGGGCGCAAAAAGACCUUUGGAGCAUGUGUCAUCCUCACCACCGGUUUCGUCUUUAUCCAGUUCUUUGCCAGAUCGCUUCCCGUCCUGCUCGCGGGUGAAUUGCUUGGAGGAUUAGUCUUGGGAAGCUAUGCCGUGAUUGCGCCCGCGUACGCAUCAGAGGUGUGUCCUUUGGCUCUCAGAGGUGUUUUGACUUCCUGCACGAACAUUUGCUUCGUGACAGGCCAGUUGAUUGCAAAUGGGGUCAUUGCUGGAACACACGUUCUCGACAGUCAUUGGGCUUACAGUGCGCCUUUUGCGAUUCAAUGGCUAUGGCCGUUGGUUAUUCUGAUCGGUUUGCCAUUUGCCCCUGAAAGGUUAGAGCGCUUGAUUUCAUCCAUCUUCAUCCCAUUGCUAACUGCACCUAGCCCGUGGUGGUUACAACGACAGGGUCGGUUUGAGGAUGCUGAAAAGGCUCUGAAGCGACUGGCCUCACCAAAGGUCGACGUCCGGCCUACACUGGCCAUGAUCAUCGAGACGGACCGAUUAGAACGAGAGAUUGAGGCGGGUUCUACUUACCGGGAUUGUUUCAAAAAGAUCAACAUCCGCAGAACAGAGAUUGCCGUCGGCGUUUAUACCAUCCAAGUCCUCUCUGGUAUCUACCUUGUCGGCUAUGCCACUUACUUCUUCACACUUGCUGGCCUACCGUCCGACCAAGCGUUCAAUAUGGGCGUUGGCUUCCUUGCCAUCGGCUUUGUCGGCACGUGUCUCUCGUGGAUAUUGCUGAUCUACUUCGGUCGUCGAAGUAUCUACAACACUGGCUUGGCUCUGCUGGCAGUGCUCCAAGUAAUCAUCGGAAUUCUUGACUGCGCGCCAAACUACGACAACAGACCUUCCAUUUCCUGGGCCCAGAGCGUCCUGAUGCUGAUCUGGAACUUCAUCUACGAUUUGUCCAUCGGCCCCGUGUGCUUCGUCCUCCUCUGCGAGGUGUCGGCCACCCGAGUCCGCGGGAAGACCAUCGCGAUCGCCACCGCCGUCCAAGCCACCGCCGGUAUCGUCAUGACCGUUGCCAUUCCCUACAUGAUCAACCCCGAUCAAGCCAACAUGCGGGGCAAACUCGGGUUCUUCUUUGGCGGACUGGCGGCGUUGUGUCUGACUUGGUCGUACUUCCGAGUCCCUGAACUAAAGGGAAGAACUUUCCAGGAAGUGGACAUCAUGUUCGAGCGCAACAUCAAGACCAAGGACUUCAAACAUUACGUGGUCACGGCUGGAGGUGCGGGACAAGCAGUACCGACGGAAUACGACACUCCUGAUCGUGUUGGAGGAGACAUAUGA